GACAGUGUGACAGUGAUGAUGGUGGAGGUGGUGACGGGGUCAGGUGACAGUGUGACAGUGAUGAUGGUGGAGGUGGUGACGGGGUCAGGUGACAGUGUGACAGUGAUGAUGGAGGAGGUGGUGAUGGGGUCAGGUGACAGUGUGACAGUGAUGAUGGAGGAGGUGGUGAUGGGGUCAGGUGACAGUGUGACAGUGAUGAUGGAGGUGGUGAUGGGGUCAGGUGACCGUGUGACAGUGAUGAUGGAGGAGGUGGUGACAGGGUCAGGUGACAGUGUGACAGUGAUGAUGGUGGAGGUGGUGAUGGGGUCAGGUGACAGUGUGACAGUGAUGAUGGAGGAGGUGGUGACAGGGUCAGGUGACAGUGUGACAGUGAUGAUGGUGGAGGUGGUGAUGGGGUCAGGUGACAGUGUGACAGUGAUGAUGGAGGAGGUGGUGACAGGGUCAGGUGACAGUGUGACAGUGAUGAUGGUGGAGGUGGUGAUGGGAUCAGGUGACAGUGUGACAUUGAUGAUGGUGGAGGUGGUGACGGGGUCAGGUGACAGUGUGACAGUGAUGAUGGUGGAAGUGGUGGUGAUUGUGGUGAUGCUGGUAAUGGUUGUGCUGGUAGUGUUGAUGUUUGUGGUGAUGGUAAUGAGGGAGGUGAUGGUAAUACUGGUGUGGUGAUGGAGAUGGUGAUGGUGGAGGUGGAGAUGGCAUGUUGGGGUUG